UUUGAAGGAAAAAAGAAGCCCCGAAAAAGAGGAAAAGAGAUUUUUUUUUUUUUUUUGGUUGAGGAAAUACUCUAUUUUUUUUUUUUGAGUAAAAAAAAUGUGGUUUUUAAGUGAUUAUUUAGCACAUUUAUGAGGUAGGAUGUCGAUCUCAUCUUCUAAGGAAAAGGAAGCAAAAGGGGUGGGAAAAGCAUUGGACUCUUAGGUGAACUCUACUUUCCACUUAUGGCUGAGAAUGAGGUUGUCGCUCUUCGAGAAGCCCUUCGCGACCAAUAUCUCGCAAUGGAAAAGCUUUACGCGGAACUAGAAGAGGAACGAAAAGCUUCAGCUUCUGGAGCGGACGAAGCGCUUUUCAUGAUCUUGCGACUUCAAGAAGAGAAAGCCAUAGAGAAGAUGGAAUCAUCGCAGUACAGGAGAAUGGCCGAAGAGAAGAUUCAACACGCCGAAGAAUGUGUUCGAAUUCUUAAAGAUGUAAUAUUUCAGAAACAAGUGGAAAUCAACUCCCUCAAAUAUCAAAUGCGGGCAUUAAAGCGCAAAUUAUUAAGCAUUUGCUUUAGAGAUUCUGAUUUUGAUGAAGUAAAUAUGUUCGACUAUCCGUGGUUGCGGAAAAGCAAUUUCUUUUCGGGCAGAGGAGGUUUCGGUCAUAUAGUACGCAGGAACGCCUCUUUACCGGCUCUUCGACUAGAAGAGUUGUGUUCGGAGAUUGAGUUCAUUGACGGCUACGAAAAAAAGGUUGGUGAAAAGUACGAAGAAAGCAAAUUGCACGUGUUAUCUAAGAAAUCGAACAAAACAGUGAAUGAUUGGCUACAAUCCAAGAAUAUCGAGGAAAAAAUCGGAUCAAAUUCGAUAGUAGAAAUCAAUGAAUCUAGAUGUGAUUCGCGGUACUCAACCGUGAAAGUUGGCAUGUACAAAUCAUCAAGAGAGGCUUCAUAUCUAAACUCCGGUGCCAAAUGCACUAAAGGAUUAUCGGAACUCGCAAACUUUACUAACCUGGAACCUGAAUCUGACGAUUUUGUGAACUCAGUUGAUGUUCAAGACAAAUUUGAAGUCCCAGAAAUUCUCGAGGAAAGUGAAGGAACAUCAAAGGAACUUUAUUUAGAAGCCAAGAACUUGAUCAAAGUAUCUUAUUUAAAGUCUCAAGAAGAUAAAACCAAUUUGAUAAGGGAUCAGGACAGGUCAGCAAACUGUCAUUCGGGUUCCGCUGACAAUGAGACUGGAAAUGCUAGAUUGCAAAAUGAUCUUGAAAAGAUCAAAUGUCAUAUACAGCAUGUCGAGGAAGAAGUAAAAAGAUUGAGGAAAAAUGGCUUCUCGAGGGGCAAGCAACAAUUGGAUUUAUUGCUUGAAUUACGCGAAAAGCUCGACUUGAUCACUACUCAGCAGCAGCAGCAGCAGCAGCAGCAGCAGCAAAUAGAAGAGAUUAAAGAUAGCAAGUCCAGAAAAAACACUCCACAGGAUAACUACUUAGUUACUAAUUUUAUGGAGGCUAUGUUAUCUUUUUGGCUUUGAUCUGGUUAUUGUCCUGGGACAUGGUUUAUUUUUCAAGGUUUUGGUGAGAGCUCUUUUGCUUAACAGUGGUUUCAUCAUCAGAGAAAGGAAAAAGAAAAAAAGAAAAUAGUGGGUUGUUGUAGCUCUUUUUUUUUUUUAAUUUUUUUACAGAAAUGGAUAUAUGUUUGUUAAAAAUAUGAAAAAAUGUCACUUGUAUAUAAAUUUACUCUAAAUUUUGUGAAAAAUGUUUGCGUGUUGGUAAUGUUA